CAGAGAGUGUGUGUCAUGCUGGCAGUGUGUGGGCUGAACCUAGCAGCCCUCCACUCGUCCUGCCUCUCCCACUUCUUCUUCUUCUUCUCCUCUCCCUCCUCGUCUCCGGAUACUCCACCUCCUCUUCCUCUUCUUUUCUUCAUCCUCCAUCACCUCUUCUUCUCCUCCUCCUCGGUUCUUCUCUCCAUCUCUCGUUUUUGUAUUUUUUAUGUUCAGUUUUUCCAUCAUGAAGAGCUGGUUGCUGAUCUUCAGGGAUGGCCAGGGCAGCUCUCUGAAAACAAUCUGAAACCCUGAGACCUGUGACUUCUCAACUAUUAUACAGAAGAAACACUUGAAGGUUACCAAAGCCUUAUUCUCCAAGAGGAACAACAACAUCCACAGGAACUCCUUCAUCUAGUAUUAAAGAAGUAUUCAUUAAAUCUUAACUCCAUCAACUCAAGAUCUCCGACGCCCACGCUUAUAACAAGAAGAAGAAGCAAUAGAAGCUGGAAAACUGGAUCAUCAAACUGGACUAGAACCAAAAGAGACGCCUGGCAGAAUCUGAGAACCACAACAAGCCAGAAGAGAUCAGUGGAAAUUGGUAAAGUCCUGUGGAAAAGUUUGAUGGGACUGCUGACAAUAGCCACAUGCCUCUGAGUCCGACUGCUGACACUAAACAUGAUCGCCCGCGGCAACAGGCGGUUACUAACGGCAACCCAACAGGCUCUGCUGUCGCCAGGGACGACGACGGGGAGGACCCGCCCUCUGGAAACAGCGUUGUGGUCCGAAUCGGGAUCCCGGACCUGCAGCAGACGAAGUGUUUGCGGUUGGACCCAGAGUUACCAGUUUGGACCAGUAAGCAGAGGGUUCUGGUGACGUUGACUCAGUCUCUGUCGGAUGUUUUGAACUAUGGUCUCUUCCAGCCGGCGUUCAACGGCCGAGCCGGAAAGUUUCUGGACGAGGAGCGCCUGCUGAAGGAGUAUCCUCUGCCCAACAUCACUCCCAUCCCGUAUCUGGAGUUUCGCUAUAAGAGACGAGUUUACACUCAGAGCUACGUUGAUGACAAGCAACUGGCAAAGCUUCACACUAAGGCCAAUCUGAAGCGAUUCAUGGAACAUGUUCACCAGAAGAAUGCAGAGAAAGUGGCCAAAUGGCUGGAGAAAGGCCUGGACCCGAACUUCCACGACUCGGACAGCGGAGAGUGCCCUUUGACCCUGGCUGUCCAGCUGGAUGACAGCUGUGAGCUCAUCAAGGUUCUGCGCAGCGGCGGGGCCCACCUGGACUUCAGAACCAGAGACGGCAUCACGGCUCUGCACCGGGCCGUUCUGUGCAGGAACAGCGCCGCCCUGACGACGCUGCUGGACCUCGGAGCGUCGCCGGACUACAAGGACAGCAGAGGCCUGACUCCGCUCUACCACUCUGCCAUGGUGGGCGGCGCCCCCUACUGCUGCGAGCUGCUGCUGCAGGACCACGCCACCAUCGGGAUCACCGAUGAGAACGGGUGGCAGGAAAUCCACCAGGCGUGUCGCUAUGGCAACGUGCAGCACUUGGAGCACCUGCUGUUCUAUGGCGCCGACAUGAGUUCCCAGAAUGCCUCAGGAAACACUGCGCUGCACCUGUGUGCCUUGUACAACCAGGACAGCUGCGCCCGGGUUCUGCUGUUCAGAGGAGCCAACAAGGACAUAAAGAACUACAACAACCAGACGGCCUUUCAGGUGGCGAUCAUCGCGGGAAACUUUGAUUUGGCUGAAAUAAUCAAGAUCCACAAAACUUCUGAUGUUGUUCCCUUCAGAGAAACCCCGUCCUAUACCAAGCGCCGCCGGGUCGGCGCCACCAGAACCGCGGCCGGGAACGGCCUGUCGUCUCCUCGCUCUCUGAUUCGCUCCGCCAGCGACAACGCCCUGGAAAGCCCCGCCUCCUCGCCCGGCCCCUCCCUCCAGAGCCUGGAGACGCAUCACGACUCGCACACUCACUCCCUGAGACGCCACCCGCGCCGCCUCAGGUACGCCCCGCUGCACCCGCACCGCGCUGCGGUCCGACCGCCGCCUCUCACUGGUGUGUCGCCCCGCAGCCCCGGUGGGGGGGGCCACACGGAGACCAGCCCGCCCUCCUCGCCCCCCCACACGCCGCAGAUGAGGAAGAGGAGGCUCUACAGCGCCGUGCCAGGGCGCACCUUCAUCGCCACGCGGUCCCACGUCCCCCAAGGGCCCGGAGAGAUCCAGCUGCACAGGGGCGAGCGGGUCAAAGUGCUGUCUGUUGGCGAAGGAGGUUUCUGGGAGGGAACGGUGAAGGGCAGAACCGGCUGGUUUCCUGCCGACUGCGUGGAGGAAGUCCAGAUGAGACAAUACGACCCGCGACUGGAGACGAGAGAGGACCGAACGAAGCGGCUCUUCAGACACUACACCGUGGGCUCCUACGACAACUACACCUCCUACAGUGACUACGUGAUAGAGGAGAAGACAGCCGUGCUGCAGAAGAGAGAAAGCGAAGGAUUUGGCUUCGUCCUGCGAGGAGCUAAAGCUGAGACACCCAUCGAGGAGUUUGCUCCCACGCCGGCGUUUCCUGCUCUCCAGUACCUAGAGUCGGUGGAUCAGGGGGGCGUGGCCUGGAGGGCGGGGCUACGAACCGGAGACUUCCUGAUAGAGGUGAACGGCAGCGACGUGGUGAAGGUGGGUCACCGCCAGGUCGUCUCUCUGAUCCGACAGGGAGGAAGUCGCCUGCUGAUGAAGGUCGUCUCGGUUUCCAGGAAGUCAGAAACAAACCUGAUCAGGAAGAAAGCUCCGCCCCCUCCGAAGCGAGCCCCUAGCACGUCGCUGACGCUGCGGUCCAAGUCCAUGACGGCCGACCUGGAGGAGAUCGCCAGGAGGCGCCGUUACGAGAAACUAGAUGAGAUGCUGGCCGGAGGUCAACAGGAAGUGGUUCUGAGGGCCCGCCCCUCCGACGACUUCAGGGCGGCGACGGUCAAGCAGCGGCCGACGAGCCGACGCAUCACGCAGGCGGAGAUCAACUCUCUGUUUGAGCGCCAGGGUCUGGUCCCGCCCUCCGCCCCAGAGAAGAGCACCAUGCCGCUGCCCAGAGGGAUGUCCAGAACCAAGAGCUUCGGCACCCCGGACGACGACAGAAUCUCGGCUCUGAUCCACGAGAGCCGUUUCCCUCGCAGCUCAUCUCUGACGGACGGCUCCAUCCCGCCGCCCCCUCAGACGGCGCCGCCCCCGCCGCCGUCCCCCUCCGCGCUGUACCUCUUCGACUCCGGCCCGCCGCCGUCCUUCCUGCCGCCGCCUCCGCCGGCCCGAGGCGAGGGCCUGACUCGCUCCAGCUUCAAGCCGGGGGCGGAGCCGCGGCUGCAGGAGCUGUCGGACGCCAGGAGCCACGCCCACGCCGAGCGCCAGCGCAAAGCGCGCUCCAUGAUCAUCCUGCAGGACACGCCGCCGCCGCAGCCCGACGGACACGCCGCCGGCGCCACGCUCCACACCGCCACGCAGACCUCCACACUGUCCAUCCACGGCUCCAGCCCCGCCCUCGGACACUCGCCGCUGUCCCGUCGCCGGGGACGACCGAUAGAAAACCCGUACGCCAACGUGGGACAUCAAGCCGCGCCCAACAAGCCCCAGAGGAGGAAGUCUCCCCUGUUGAAACAACUUCCUGUUGAGGAGCAGGGUCUUGGGAUGAAAGACGAUCUGUCCAAACCCGACGGCGGUGGACUGAUGAGCCCGAGCCGAGCCGAGCUGUACCAGCAGCAGGUUCUGUCCGAGCGAGCCCGGGUUCAGGGUCGCCGCUCCUCUCUCUUCCUGUCGGUGGAGGGGUCGGGGUCAGACAGCCAGGCUCCGCCCCUCCUGACCCAGAGCCACUCCAUGGACGACCUGGGCGAGCUGCCGCCUCCGGCGCCGGUCCUGUCGCCGUCACCGACGCCGCACACCUUCCUCCACCCGCUGACGGGGAAACCUCUAGAUCCAUCGUCUCCACUCGCAUUGGCUCUCGCCGCGAGAGAGCGAGCGCUCACCGCUCGAACGCCGAGUCCCGAGCCUCGAAUCAAACACUCCUCAGCCUCCACCACGCCCGUCCCCACCCCGGCUGCCAGUCCAGAGACCAGACACAAACGCACGCCGUUCACCACCCCACAGGGCAGCCCCGAGCCUCGAUCCAAGCGCACCUCUCCUCAGACGAGUCCGGAGCAGCGGACCAAACACUCGACGCCUCAGACCAGCCCUGAGCUGAGGCACAAGCGAAUCACGCCGCCGCUGUUCCCCGACGGACAGGUGGAGCGACCCGAGACGGAGGGGGGCGUGACGUCACCCGCCGCGCCCUCCCCAGAACGAUGGAGACCCUCCCCUCUGCCGGCGCUGGCCAAUGAGAGCCACGCGUCGCUGAUCGACCGACGGCGAAGCCUCACGGUUGGCAGCUCGGAGGAAGAGGGCGGGGCUUACACCGUGACGCUCCCACCUGCCCUGCUGUCCUCCAGCGACGAGGAAACCAGGGAGGAGCUGCGCAGGAUAGGCCUGGUGACUCCUCCCCCCGCCUUCGCCAGCCCCCCUGCUCCGCCUCCCCCCUCCUCCCUGUCCCUGUUGCCACGGCGAGGAGGAGAGGGGGGAGGGGAGAGCGGCCAGGAGUCCCUGGGGAAGCGAGGAGACGAGGAGGAAGGAGGCGACGAGCGUCUCCAUGACAGCUCCUUGUCUCCCAGUUCGCUCCCUCCAUCCAUCACGCUGGCGUCCCCCGCAGCCCCGACCUCCCCUUCCUCCCCCCCUGCUGUUCACCCCGCCCCCUCCCCCUGCGCCACCUCCCCUUCGGCUCUGAAGCCCCGCCUGCGGUCGCCGAUCGGCCGCGGCCGCUCCGCGCUGCGCGACCCGCUGCUGAAGCAGUCGUCCGACAGCGAGCUCCUCCCCUCCGCCGCCUCCUCGUCCCCCUCCUCAUCCCUCUGCUCCUCCCCCACCAGCGGCGGCGGCCGGCAGCCUCGCUACCUGUUCCAGAGGCGGUCCAAGCUGUGGGGCGGCGGGGACGAUGAGCGGCGCGGAUUCAGCCCCGAUGAAGGCGGCGGCCGACCGGCGGCACUGGGAGGACAGAGCUCCGGGUCGGCGGUGGACCUGACGGCCCGAUCGGCGUCCGCCCUGGAGCUGAGCGGCCGGGCCGGGUCGGGACUGGACCUGGCCAAUCGGCUACAGCUGCUCAACAAAGACAGCCACUCUCUGGGGGAGGAACCGAGUCCACUGGACCCGGGCCGCAGGUCUCCUGUAGGGGGCGCAAGGUUGUUCUCCAGCCUCGGUGAGCUUCACACCAUCUCCCAGCGAGGAUACGGCGCCAGCUACACGGUCCGUCCAGGAAGUCGUUACCCCGUCACCCGCCGAAGUCCGUCCCCGUCUCCCUCCCCCUCAGACCGGUCCGUGGGCCUUGGCUCCUCGCCGGCGCCGUGCUCCGAGCGGCCCGACCUGAGCUCCGGUCGAGGCCUGACCAUCCUCAAGUCUUCAAGUCUCAGCCUGCCGUCGGAACCGAAGGAGGUCCGAUUCGUCAUGAGGAGCGCCAGCGCACGAACCAGAUCCCGCUCGCCUUCGCCCUCGCCUCACGCCUCGCCCUGCCCCUCCCCGGUCCUCAGCGGGCCCCUGCUGGCCCUGCGGCCCUGGAGGCAGCGGCCCCUCAGCUUGUGGAAUAAGUACGACGUGGGCGACUGGCUGGAGAGCAUGGGCCUGGCCGAACACCGCCAGCGCUUCCAGGAGCACGAGAUCGAAGGCUCCCACCUGCCGGCGCUCACCAAGGAGGACUACGUGGAGCUGGGCGUCACCAGGCUGGGCCACCGCAUCAACAUCGAGAGGGCCCUCAGACAGUUACUGGACAGCUCCACUUGACCCAUCGCCUCCAACCAGUCACCUCUAGGCAUCCAGAACUCUGACCUCACGACCCCUGACCUCAAGUCAGACCCCGAGCCAUCUCUUUAAUCCACUAUCUCAGCCAUUACAGAACCGCCCGCUUUCGUUGGCGCCCAGAUCGCUGAAACGUUUUGGCUCAUCGGCUCUUUAAUCAGCAGCUCUGACCUCUGACCUGCAACUCGCAUAGCAAAGAAAUGACGUCCAUCCUGCGACCCACAUUCAAUGUUUUUGGCUUAAUGCAACCUCUAGCCGAUCUUUUCAUGAAAGUCCGAUCAACGCAGAUCCGAACCAGACGAUAAAUUUCCCCCGACGUUAUUGACAUAAUCAAUAACCAUGUUUUACUAAUAUGACGGAAAUGGCAUAAAAAUUCUGAUGAACAUUGAACCAUUUUAAAUAUCCAAAAUAAAUGCACAAUAUUAACUACAAAUAUAAACAUGAUUAUAUUUCAGGUGAAUUGGGAACAAAUCCUGAAUUUAGUUGGUGAAAAUACAGAUUUUUCCAGUUUGUGGUUCUUUAAUUCAAACAUUGGAAACUUUCCAUAUUUUUCCCACCAAAACUAAAAUAUUUAAGCUGAAAUGAUUAAUUGGAUUAAUUGGUUAUAAAAAUAAAUAGCAACUAAUUUAGUAGCUGAUGAACUGGAGAAUAUAUAACCCAUGUUCAUAGCAGUAAUUAAGCUAAAACCGCACAAAAAAAUAAUUCAACUAAAACUCAUCAGUGGAAGUUUGGUUCAAAUUCACUAAAGUAAUAAAAUCUUUUAUUUAUUAAUUUAAAAAGAAAUUUAAUCAUUUAUUCUCAUAUCGUAUAAAAAGGCUUCAGUGGCUAAAUGGAUAAUCUGAGGAAUGUCAUUUUUUUCCUGAUUAAUCGUUUAUUUUGACGAUUAAUUGGUAAACGUCAAUGAUAUCAAUUAUUCUGCCAAAUUAAUUAGCGAUUAAUUGAUUGUCAGAAUGAAUCAACUAAGAAAAUAAUUGUUACUUGCUGCCUUAAAAACUAAAAUACAUUUUGAAUCUUAAAUUUGAGGAAAUUUCAGGUUUAAGUUUCGUUUUAUGGAAACUUUGAACCCAAAUCAAAAAAUAUUAAACAUUUUGUUACAUAAUAACAGAAAAGAAUCAAAAGAUUAACUUUUGGCUGCUAGAAAUUUAUCAGUUUAAUCACAAUAAAUAUGUUUUUUUUCUUAUGUUUUUGGUAAAAGUCGCAGUUGGACUCAGAGUUCUGAUCAAUGAGCCGAUCAGUGAGUCGAUCAAUGAGUCGAUCAAUGAGCCGGUUUAUCUAAAUGAUCCGGAAAGUUCUGAAACAUUUUUUUUUCGGCUGUUGUGAUUUUCGCCCCUCAAAUAUCAUAAAGCUUUUGUGUUGCUUCAAACAUGAAUUCAUAUGUUAAUGGAUCAUUUAGAAUUAAUCAAUAAGUAAUAAUAAUGAUAAUGAUACCAGUGGUGGCGGUGAUGCCGUGCAGAGCUUUCAGUCGUCUGGAAACAGAUGUGUAGUGAUGAUUUGACAAUGAGUUGAAUUCCCGCCUCUGGAGUUCAUGAUGAUUUGUCGAUGAGCGGCGUUGGUGUGUUUCAGGGUUUUACCUGCUUUCUGAGGGCUACCUGCACACGGUGCUAUCUGCUCAAAGCCAUCUGUACAGACUCUACCUUCCUCCUCCUCAUGCAUCUUCCCAUCCAGCAGCCAGGAACUAAACCAACCCAGCGCUGAGCCCUGACCAGCGCGCACAGGAACAGGCCAUAAAAGGAGUUUUCUCCGCUGCCAUAUACGGGAUGCUUUCCCUGUCAAAAGUGGAGUUGAAUCCAAACAUAAAAACAGGCAAACGGGAACACCGUCGCAUCCAGAUGUUUGUACGUUUUUAUAAACCUGAACAGGGUCGAUUUUUGUGCCAAUAAAGAGGAAUAUUUAACUAGAACUUAGCUAAAAAACAGCUUCAUGUUUACAGCAGUUAGAUUUACAUAUUAUCGGAUUUUGAUGAACCACACUGAAGACAUUCCAGUACAAUCAACUUCCAAAGGCAUAUUUAAUAGUUCAGAGCUAUAGUUAAAUAAAUAUAUUGUGUAUAUAAAACAUAUAUAAGUAUGAAUAUAUAGUAUCUUAUUCCAGCACAAAGCUGCAGUGAAAUGUUAAAUUACUGGUUUUAAAAGUUCUGAUCCAGUUCACACUGAAACAUCUCAGCUGCUGUAAUAAAGCUAAUAAAUGAAUUAGUUUCACAUGUCGUUCAGUUCCUGAUGUUUAGCUAAUUAAUACUUGUUGCACUUUAUGGCCCAUCCUGAUUGACAGAAGCUCUUAAAGAGACAGUACGUCUUUCCAAAAACACCAAACUGGGCCCAGUGGUGGUUCCUUUAAGCUCAUCUGGUGAUUCAUCCACUGAAGCAACCAGAAAACCAAAACUACUACAAUGUUGAACGGCUUCUGCGGCGAUCACAAGGAAAAAGAUCAUCUUUCUGAAAUUGGGUUUAUUUUUCAAGCAUUUUUUUGUUAGAAAGUAGAAAAUUAAAUAAAAUAAUAAUUUGGACCAUUACUAUUUAAAUUUAACACCCACAAAUUAUGAAAAAUUCCAACUUGUUUCAAAUAUUGGUGCACCAAUUGCAGUUUUCUGGCCGAUAACUGAUGUUUAGAAAAGCAUGGCCAGCCGAUGCCAAUUUUUUUUUGUCUGAAAAAUCAUUAAAUAUAUCAACUGGAUCUAAGAUCAGUGGAUGUGAUUGGUUUCUUGUUAAAGUAUCAAUCGAUUGCCAAUCUCAAAAAUUAAGUAAAUCUGGGCUGGGCUUUUUUAGUGCUGCACUAAUUUUAAGUUAAUAUAUUCAAUCUUUCAGCUGAAGCUAAUUAAAUAAAACCUCACCAAAUUCAACUGUAUUAUUAGCCCCUAGCUUAAAUAGCUGUCAUUUCAUAACCAUUAAAUAUGUUUUAUUUACUGAAAUCCUAUUUUAGCACAAAACUAGCAAAAUAUUUAGAUUUUGAUGUAGUACAAAUCCAAAACUAAGCCAGUAAAAUGGCUUCAUGUCAACAUUUCCUCACACUAAUUCCCUAUAUUAUGAGGUUUGCGGUGUAAUUACAGGCGUUUUCCAAACAGGCGAAAGUUUGUAAAUCCAGAGAAAACAGACGAUAAUCAACUCCAUGUUGCAGGAGUUGGGUUCUUUGAAUCUGAACUGGAACCAGUUUGGUGGGAACCAAGGCCCCAGUUUAUUCCCCCUCCCCAUCACCCCUCAUCCCCUCUUGCCCCCCCAAAGCACAAUCAAUGCUCAGUGCCUGUUACCAUUACAACACGUCUCAGUCCUUCUGCCGAGCUACAAUCAUGAUCCCAAAGUUGUACAAAGCCAAUAUUUUAUAGAAAGCCCUGAAUGCAGAAUGUACAGUCUAUAAUGAAAACAUUAUAUUAAAGCCUUUAAUGUCUGUUAGAGUAGCUGUUGGUGAAAACACUGGACGGGUCAGAGGUCAAGUUCUGGUCCAGCAGGUAAAAAUUAGAACGUUACAAAAGACCAAUAAAGAUUUCAUUUGUUUUUAAGCGUCGCUGUGAGUCAGAAACAUGAAAAUGCGUCAAAACGUUGUAAUGUUUUUUUAAAAUUUAAAUCCAAUACUAAAACAGGAAACCGAUAAACGCAAAAAAAAAAAAAUUCAAAUCGUUUUUACAACUUUCAGCCACUAGAGGACGCUGACAAAUUCACUUCCUGCUAAUAAUUACGGCGAGGAAAUAUAUAUCUAUUUUUGUUUGGGGAAAAAUAAUAUUUCUGUUGCAGAAUGAGGUGGAAAAUCAUUUUAAUUUUGCUUUUACCAAACAAAAUAGAAAAAUAGCAAAUUAAUUAUGAUAUAGUUAAUAGUUUGAAAGCUAAAAUUAACUAAAAAAUUAUGUAAUUGUACAAAAAGUGACUUUAGGAUGUGCAAGAAAAUCAACAAUAUACCCAAUGUGAGACACUGAGCUGAAAACCUUCAUAAAUUUCAACAAAAAGAGGUAAAAAUCUCUUAAAACUCUUUAAAUAAACUGAACUACUUCAGUUCAUUUCUAUUAUCCACCAUGUUAAUCUGUUUUAAUUCAUGGUUUCCGCUCAUCUAUACUACAGUAUAUGUGCUUUUAUGAGUUGUUCAUAACUGGUUACCUUAGAGAUUUUUACAGCAGGGGGCGCUGCAGAGUGAGGCUGAACUGAAACAGGGAUGCUAACAGAUCAGCAGCUGGUUAUGAAAACCAGGACGAAUCUGGAAAAAGCGGAAUAACGAUCAGGAAAACUCCGGCUGAGAUCCCGACUCUCUGAACCUGCGUGUAAAUCCUUCCUCCUCCUCCUCUUCCUCACUAGCUUCCUCUUUUUACAGUAUGUCUGUGGUUUGUUCUGGAGUGAGUGGCGUGCGUGUACGUGCAGUUUUUCUCUUUUCUAAGCUCCGGAGAGCCACGAUGACAGCUGAUGAGCUCUUUGACAGAUUGUAAUCUUUAUAAUAAACCCUCAUUUAUUACAAACCGA